AGGGUCAGCAUGAUGCUUCUUGCUGGAUUCUGUCCCUGCAGGGCUCACUGGUCUUCCUGGUGAGUGGGCUGGUGGUGCUGGGCUAUGCAGCAGCCCUCAGCACCCAGCCCACCUACCAGGGGGUGGUACGGGCGGUGUGUGGGGCAGCAGCAGGGAAGCUCUGUGAGGUUUGCUUCCUCCUCAACCUCUUCAUGAUCUCCGUGGCCCUCCUCAGAGUCGUGGGUGACCAGCUGGAGAAACUGUGUGACUCCCUGUACCUCAACGGGACACUGAGCGGGGCGCCCCAGCUGCCCCCCUGGUACGUGGACCAGCGCUUCACCCUCUCGGCUCUCUGUGUCCUCAUCAUCUUCCCACUCUCCGUCCCCAGAGAGAUUGGCUUCCAGAAGUAUUCCAGCAUCCUGGGCACACUGGCAGCCUGCUACCUCACUCUCGUCAUCAUCCUGAAAUACCACCUGCAGGCAGAGAACCUGAGCUUGACCGAACCACCCCAGCCCUCCAGGUCCUCCUCCUGGGCCUCUGUCUUCAGUGUCAUUCCCACCAUUUGCUUUGGCUUCCAGUGCCACGAGGCAUGUGUGGCCAUCUACAGCAGCAUGCGCAACCAGAGCUUCUCCCACUGGGUCACCGUCUCUGUGCUCUCCAUGCUCAUCUGCCUGCUCAUCUACUCCCUCACUGGAGUCUAUGGCUACCUGACCUUUGGCGACGCUGUGGCAUCUGAUGUCCUGAUGUCCUACCCAGGGAAUGACCCAAUUGUCAUCGUCGCCCGCCUGCUCUUCGGUGUCUCCAUUGUCACCAUUUACCCCAUCGUGGUGCUGCUGGGCAGAUCGGUGGUGAAGGACUUGUGUGCAACCCCCAAGCGCAGAGCCAUGGCCGUGUCUGAGGCACAUGAGCAGCGGAGCCGAGUGGCACUGACAGUCACCUGGAUGGCAGCAACUCUCGCCAUCGCCCUGUUCGUCCCCGACAUCGGCAAAGUCAUCGAGCUCAUCGGGGGCAUCAGUGCCUUCUUCAUCUUCAUCUUCCCAGGGCUGUGCCUGGUGUGCAUGACAGGGACCCACAGCCUCGGGCCACGCAAAAAGGCUGCUCUCAUCGCUUGGGGUGUCCUCUCUGUGCUUGGCGGCACCUUCGUCUGCGGGCAGAGCGCUGCCCUGGCCGUGCUGGGGCUGCUGCGCUGA